GGCUUGUCAAAGAUGGCGGCGCCCAGAGCGGUAGCGUGAAAGUUGGUGGUGGUAGUCGCUACCUAUUCGUGCUGAAAUCAAAAAAACAGUGGGAGAGUUCGCUAUGUCGCGACUGAUCGUGAAGAACCUCCCGAAUGGGAUGAAGGAGGAGCGUUUCCGGCGGCUCUUCACUGCCUUCGGCACGCUGACAGACUGCAGCCUCAAGUUCACCAAAGAUGGCAAGUUCCGCAAGUUUGGCUUCAUCGGCUUCAAGUCCGAGGAAGAGGCCCAGACGGCGCUGAACCAUUUCAACAAGAGUUUUAUUGACACGUCCCGGAUCACGGUGGAGUUCUGCAAGUCCUUUGGGGACCCGACAAAGCCCCGAGCCUGGAGCAAGCAUGCUCAGAAAUCAAGCCAGUCCAAGCCACCCCCAAACGACAAAGACGCCAUCUCCACGGAAGCUAAGAAAGACGACAAGAAGAAGAAGGUCGCAGGUGAACUGGAGAAGCUGAAAGACGAUAACGAGUUCCAGGAGUUCCUGUCGGUUCACCAGAAGCGGACACAGGUGGCCACCUGGGCGAACGAUGCCCUGGACGCUGAGCCCUCGAAAGGGAAGAGCAAGCCAGCCAACGAUUACCUGAACUUUGACUCCGACUCAGGGCAGGAGAGCGAGGAGGAGGAAGAUGGGGAGAACUCGGAAGAGGAGGAGGAUGGCCUCAAACCCAAGGAACCCAAGGCAGCCGUGCAGAAGGAGCUGUCUGACAUGGAUUACCUGAAGUCCAAGGUGGUGGCGGCUGAGUCACCAUCCUCAGAAGAGAGUGAAGAUGAAGCUGUGAACUGUGAAGAGGGGAGUGAGUCAGAGGAAGAGGGUUCCUUUGCUGCCCCCGCCCAGCAGGACAGGGAGGCGGCCCCAGCCAAGACCGAGAAACUCACUCAGACCGAGAAACCAGCCAGCCAGAAGGAACCCACCACCCCCCACACUGUGAAAUUGCGGGGAGCCCCAUUCAACGUCACAGAGAAAAGUGUCAUGGAAUUCUUGGCACCUCUGAAACCCGUGGCCAUUCGAAUAGUGAGAAAUGCUCAUGGGAACAAAACAGGGUAUGUCUUUGUGGAUUUCAGCAGUGAAGAGGAAGUGAGGAAGGCUCUGAAAUGCAACAGGGAGUACAUGGGUGGACGCUACAUCGAGGUGUUCAGGGAAAGGAAUGUCCCUGUGGCCAAGGCACCCCUGAAGAAUGGUGCCAAACCCUGGCAAGGCCGGACGCUCGGGGAGCACGAAGAGGAGGAGGACCUGGCCGACUCCGGGAGGCUGUUUGUGCGAAACCUGCCCUACACCAGCUCCGAGGAGGACCUGGAGAAGCUCUUCUCCAGAUACGGUCCUCUGUCGGAGCUACAUUACCCCAUCGACAGCCUGACCAAGAAGCCCAAGGGCUUUGCCUUCGUCACCUUCAUGUUCCCGGAGCACGCCGUGAAGGCCUAUGCGGAGGUGGACGGGCAGGUGUUCCAGGGCAGGAUGCUCCACGUGUUACCAUCCACUGUCAAGAAGGAGGCCAGUGAGGAUGCCGAUGCCCCGGGAUCAUCGUCCUACAAAAAGAAGAAGGAGUCCAAGGACAAAGCCAACAGCUCCAGUUCUCACAACUGGAACACGCUGUUCAUGGGCCCCAACGCCGUGGCCGAUGCUAUCGCCCAGAAGUACAGCGCCACCAAGAGUCAAGUGUUCGACCACGAGACCAAAGGCAGCGUGGCUGUGCGCGUGGCCCUGGGGGAGACCCAGCUCGUCCAGGAAGUGCGGUGUUUCCUCCUCGACAAUGGGGUCUGUCUGGACUCCUUUAGCCAGGCUGCCGCCGAACGAAGCAAGACCGUGAUCCUGGUGAAGAACCUUCCCGCGGGCACCCUGGCGGCUGAGCUGCAGGAGACCUUCAGCCGCUUUGGCAGCCUGGGCCGCGUGCUCCUGCCGGAGGGUGGCAUCACAGCCAUCGUGGAGUUCCUGGAGCCACUGGAGGCCCGCAAGGCCUUCCGACACCUGGCCUACUCCAAGUUCCGCCACGUCCCCCUUUAUUUGGAGUGGGCUCCAAUGGGCGUCUUCUCCAGCCCAACCCCCCAGAAAGAACAACCCCAGGACGCACCAGUGGAACCAGUGGGAACGGACAGGAUGGAGCCAGAGACAGACACUGAGACCCCAGAAGGUGAACAGCCGAUGGACAGAGCAGCGCACGAUGCUUCAGCAAAGAUGGAAGAGGAGGAGGAAGAAGAGGAAGAGGAGGAGGAAGAGAGCCUUCCCGGGUGCACUCUGUUUAUCAAAAAUCUCAGCUUUGACACCACCGAGGAGACGCUGAAGGGAGUGUUUUCCAAAGUGGGUGCGGUGAAGAGCUGCUCCAUCUCCAAGAAGAAGAACAAAGCAGGAGCGCUGCUGUCCAUGGGAUUUGGGUUUGUGGAAUACAGGAAGCCGGAUCAGGCACAGAAAGCUCUCAAGCAGCUCCAGGGUCAUGUUGUAGACGGCCACAAGCUGGAAGUGAGGAUCUCGGAACGAGCCACCAAGCCAGCCCUGACAGCCGCCCGGAAGAAACAAGCGCCCAGAAAGCAGACAACCUCCAAGAUCCUGGUGCGGAACAUCCCCUUCCAGGCUGACAGCCACGAGAUCCGAGAACUCUUCAGCACCUUUGGGGAGCUGAAGACCGUCCGCUUGCCGAAGAAGGUGACCGGGACCGGCACGCACAGAGGCUUCGGCUUCGUCGACUUCCUCACCAAGCAGGACGCGAAGAGAGCCUUCAAUGCCCUGUGUCACAGCACCCACCUGUACGGCCGGAGGCUGGUGCUGGAGUGGGCCGACUCGGAGGUGAGCCUGCAGGCCCUGCGGCGCAAGACGGCCGAGCACUUCCACGAGCCCCCGAAGAAAAAGCGGUCUGUGGUGUUGGAUGAGAUCCUGGAGCAGCUGGAAGACAGUGAGGACGACGGCAAGGAGCAGACCCUUCAGCUGUGAGCUGGCACUGAGGGGCUGCUGAGCUGGAGUUCCCACCUCCGUCUCAUCAAGGGAUGGACGGCUCAGAGUCUGGAACAUGGCCUCCGUCCUGCCCCUUCCUCGCCACUCGGGACUGCGAGCCGUGCUUUAGUCCUCCGUCCGUCCUCGCCGACCGUGGGGCCACUCACGAAGCACCAGGCUCCGAGCCCAGACACCAGCUCAGGUGGAGCUCAGCCACAUCCACUAAUGGCAGACACCCUCUGCUCACAGGCCGGGGACCCCGCGAAAUGCGAGCAGGUCCCCAGCCCUGGCCAGUGGGCUCCCAAGGCUCAUCCCAGACUUAGGGCGCCCACAUGCCCACACCUGUUGGAGAUCCCAGCCCAGCACACGCCAAGAUGGGGGUGAUGGGCAGGAAAGAGCAGUAGCGUAUCUGCUCUGGGCCUGAAUCCCAGCCCAGCCGCCCCCAGCUUUGUGACUGUGGACUAGCAAGGUUCUGUCUGAGCCUUGGUGUAAAGGCAUGAUCUUGUGCCUACCUUACAGACGGUGCUUGGACCACGCCAGUCAAUCCAAGUAAAGCCCAGAGCAAGCA